CGGCUGGCGCCAUGUCGGGCCGCGAAGGUGGCAAGAAAAAGCCCCUGAAACAGCCCAAGAAGCAGACCAAGGAGAUGGAUGAGGAGGAUAAGGCUUUCAAGCAGAAACAGAAGGAGGAACAGAAGAAACUCGAGGAGCUGAAAGCGAAGGCCGCGGGGAAGGGACCCCUGGCCACAGGUGGAAUUAAGAAAUCUGGCAAAAAAUAAGCUGUUCCAUAGUCCUGAGAAGAUGGUACCCCUCGUUCAUUCCUAUUUAAACAUCUGGAUUUCCUGUCAUUGUUAACAUCUUUUGCCACCUGUAACUAGAAUGAAGUGUUGUCUUGGGGUCUGGUGUACAUUACAAUAAACUUUUGUAAAAAACAAAAACAAAAACAAAAACA